AUGGGAAUAAUUCAACCAAAACUAAAUAACUUUUUCAACUUACAGAUUAAAUAUCAUUUAUAGAAUUUUGAAUCUUAUACAAUAACAUUAUGUGAAAUCUUUGAAGGUUAAGAUUUAAAUCCAUAACAUAAAGAAGAUCUCACAAAAUUAUUCAAAUUACUAUAAAUAUAAUAUAAUGAAGAAUUAGAAAUUGAUAGAUAUGAGUUUAGUAUUAUUAUUGUAAUGAUUAAAAUAUAAUUAUAAGAUAUUAUUUACUAAAAUUACUUUGGAACAUAAAUUGGAACAAAUAUUUUGUUUAAUAACUUAAACAGGAAUUUUAAGUUUUUAAGAAUUUUAUUGGUUAACACAAUCAUUUGUAAGAGCUACAUGUAAGGUCAAUUUAUUAUCAAUUCCAAUUUUUGAUUAAAUACUUAAGCUUGUGUAGAAGAUGUAUUAAUAAAUGAGAAAAGAUAUUGAUGAAAACUUAAUGCUCAUUGAAGUGAUUGAUUAUAUAAAAAGCAAUUCUGAGAUUUCUUAAUUCCUACUAUAAUUCUAUAAAAUUUAAACCUAUGAAAAUGCUAUAAGAUAAUAGGAAAUGUAAUUAUAAUCCUAUAUAAAAUUAUUUAAUUCAUCAAUAGGUUUGACAAGAAAAUAUGUUAAUAUUGACUAAUUAAUGAAGAAUUGGAAUACGUGGAAUACUGAUAAAUAACAUCAACAAUAUUUAUUAUCUCUCAUGUUGAAAUAAAAGUAGAAUAAAUAAAAAUAAACUAAUUUUAUAAAAUUUUCUUAAUUUUUACAUGUAAUAUCUAAUUAUUUGUCAUAUAUUGUUAAUGAUAUAGAUAAUACUAAUAAUUUAUCAAUUGAUUUUAUAACAUAUUUAGUUUAUGCAUAAGAAGAAAUUAUUAUUACUGCUGAUAGAUUUGAAAAAAUUAAAUAUGCCCUUUGCAAAGACAGAUAAUUUAUUACUUUGCAUAUGUGGAUGGAUUAUUAAUGUAUACAAGAGUGUAAUAAGUUUGAAUCCCAAUUAAGAUCUUUAGUUAGAUUUUAUGAACAAAUUUAUUCAAAUAAAGAUUUUAAUCAAUUAAUAUAAAAAAUUAAAAAAUUAGUUAAAAAAAAUGAAAAAAGCAAUCAAACUUAAAGUUAAUAUAUCAAUAAAUUUUUAUAAAAUUGGUUACAAAAUCCAGAUCUAUAUAAUAUAGGUAGUAUUGAAUUGAAAUUAAAAAUUGAACAACUUCUUAGCAAAUGA